AUGGCGAUCACGCACGGCGGUGUAGUCAAACAGGAGACAGUCACUGUAUGCAAACAACGUCCUAUUGAGCUGGGAAUCGUUCUCGAUUCAUCCAGUUCUAUCAGCUACAAAGACUUCCAGAAGAGCAUCGAUUUUCUCCAGGACUUUGUCAGCCAGUACGAUAUCGGAGACGGCCGCAAUGACGUGAGAGUGUCCCUCAUCACCUUCGGCAAAGGUAUCUACCGACAAGAUGCCUUCGACCUGACCUCUUACAGCACCAAAGACGCCUUGAUGGAAGCUAUCGCUCAAGUCCCACACAGGGUCGGCCUCUACACCUCCACAGGGGAGGCUAUUGAGUACAUGAGCCAAACACAGUUGUCCAUGGACGUGAGCAGACCUUGGGCCAAACGUAUCAGUAUCGUCAUCACAGACGGCAACUCACAGCUUUGGCGCCAAACCAGAGACGCUUCCCAGGCCGCACGUGACAGCGGUAUCGAUAUAUACGCUGUUGGUGUGGGACGCGUGCGUCGCGAGGAGUUGCUGAGAAUCGCCGGAGACGAGAAGAACAAAAGCUCCAAUACAGAUCGGUUACCACACUUCCUUGCACCUAUACUGAACAAAGUGUGCAAACUCAACCUUAAUGAUCUGUCCUCUGCAAAACCACUAAGCCACACUGAAAUGGGUCUCUCUUUGUAA